AUGUCACCCGAUCUCAACUCCCUCCCCGGCGCUGACAGCACCCCAUCACCAACACCACCACCACCAAUCAACAGCACCCGCGGAACAACAGCUUCCAAUAGCAACGGCCACUACUUUCCCAACGGCCACCAUGAUGGAGAAAAACGCCCCAACAUCCUCUACGUCAUGGCCGACCAGCUAGCCGCCCCUCUGCUCAAGAUGUACAACCCCACCUCCCAAAUCCUCACCCCCAACCUCGACGCCCUAGCUGCAAAAUCAGUCCAGUUCGACUCAGCCUACUGCCCCUCCCCGUUAUGCGGCCCCUCAAGAAUGAGCAUGAUCACGGGGCAGCUCCCCAUGAAGAUAGGAGCGUUUGACAAUGCCGCCCAGAUAUCAAGCGAUAUCCCGACUUAUGCCCACUACCUUCGGCUGAAGGGGUACCACACAGUUUUGGCGGGCAAGAUGCAUUUUGUCGGGGAUCAGCUGCAUGGGUACGAGACGAGGCUGACGAGCGAUAUUUAUCCGGGGGAUUUUGGGUGGGUGCCGAACUGGGAGGAGCCGGAGACGAGGCUGGAGUGGUAUCAUAACGCGAGCAGUGUACUGCAGGCGGGGAGCUGUGUGAGGAGUAAUCAGCUGGAUUAUGAUGAGGAGGUUAUGUAUAGGAGUAGGCAGUUUUUGUAUGAUUUUGUUAGGGAGGGGGAGGGGGGAAGGAGGCCGUUUGCUUUGACGGUGAGUUUAACCCUGCGCCACGUUCGUGUUUUUGUUUCGGGGAGGGGGGCGGGGUGUAUGAGUGACCCCCACGGGACCCGGGAGGUGGUUAUCAUGUGGUAUGUCUCCCUCACCCACCCCCACGACCCCUACACCAUCGAGCAAAAGUACUGGGACCUCUACGAAAACGUCGACAUCGACCUCCCCCGCGUGACCAUUCCCCAGGAAGACCAAGACCCCCACUCCAAACGCCUCCUCAAAGUCUGCGACCUGUGGGACAAUCCUUUCUCUGACGAGCAAAUCAAGCGGGCCCGGAGGGCGUACUACGGCGCCGUCUCGUACGUCGACGACUGCCUCGGCCAGCUCCUCACCCUGCUCAAGCAGCUCAAGCUCGACGAGGACACGAUUGUGAUCUUUUCUGGCGACCACGGGGACAUGCUCGGGGAGAGGGGGCUGUGGUACAAGAUGUCGUAUUUUGAGAGCUCGGUGCGUGUGCCGCUUCUGGUGAGCUACCCGAAGAGGUUCGAGCCGAGGAGGGUGAGUCAGAAUGUGAGCACGUUGGAUAUUUUGCCUACGAUGUGCGAUUUGGUGGGGACGAAGCCGUGGGCGUUGUUGCCGAUGGAUGGGAGGAGUUUGCUGCCGCAUCUGGAGGGGAGGGAGGGGGGGCAUGAUGAGGUUUUUGCGGAGUAUACUGGGGAGGGGACGGUCAGGCCGCUGAUGAUGAUCAGAAGGGGGAGGUGGAAGUAUGUGACUUGCCCGGCGGAUGGGAGUCAGUUGUUUGAUUUGAGGGCGGAUCCGCUCGAGUUGAGGGAUUUGGUGAAGGAGGGGGUGGUGAGGACGGAUGAAGAAACAAAAGAGGUUUUUGAGGCGUUUGAGAGGGAGGCGAGGGAGAAGUGGGAUUUUGAGGGGAUUACGAAGGAGGUGUUGCAUAGUCAGAGGAAGAGGAGGUUGGUUUGGGGGGCGUUGACGAAGGGGAGGUUUGAGAGUUGGGAUUACAAUCCGAUUGAUGAUGGGAGGGAGAAGUAUAUCCGGUCGCAUAUUCCUCUGGAUGACCUCGAGAGGCGGGCGCGGUACCCGGCUGUGGAUGAGUCCGGCCGGGAGACAGGAUCGAGGAUCGUGACUGAUCAAGCUGGAUCUCACGGGCAGUAA